AUGUAGGAUCUGCCUCGGACUUUUCCCGGACAUCCUGCAUUGAAUGAGAAUGGACGAAAUUCCCUAAGGCGCUUACUUCUGGCCCGACACAACCCAUCAGUUGGGUAUUGCCAGUCAUGGGUGAGCAAACCUGUUUCCCAAUGAUGAAAUUGCAUUGCCAAAAAGAAUCCGAAAUCCGGGAAGUGAUCUGUUCAGUUCCGGCUGGGAAAUUUUUAGUUGAUCCAUAUGAUCCGCGUUCUGGUUGGUGUUGAGCUCAAUGGUCUCGUCUCCAGGCGGUGUGCAGGCGGUGUGCAACGCUGGAGGAGGUGGAGCCAACAGUUCGGUCAGAAAUCAGGCGUUUGUGUUCAAAGAGCAGCUGAUUGGCAGGCUGGGAAGCUACAACACUCCUCCAGCGAGAUUUCUCUGGCUGGCUGCACUUGCACCUCUGGUUAUCAUUCCUCUCAUAAGAUGAAUCCCUCAUUGAUGGCAGAUAAUCAAAUCAGGGGUGAUGCUUUCCUCGUUCACCCUGAAAUCUCGCAGCACUUCUUUCUGGAUCCCGAUUUGCUCCGAUGGUUUCUUGUUUUUCCGGAUGGGUUCCAGCAAUCAGCCAAUCAAGAAAUACAAGUCCGAGAGCUCGGAAUUGGGAAAUUCCCAGGAGAACUCCAGCCUCAAAGCAUAUUCUCAAGCAUAUUCUGGCCGAGGAAAUCUGCAAAAAAUGAAGCAAAUCCAAGAAAGAGUAAAGCAAGGGGGUCGGGUGUGAACAAGAAAAGGAAAGGGUGGUUAAAUUGAAAAAUUAGAAAUGCAUAAAUUAUAUUGUAAUUUGGCUCAAAGUGAGGUGACCUGGAUUCCGGCUAAUUGACCAUUGGUUAAGAAAUGCUGAAAGUUGGUGUAUUUUUGCAAUAGGAAUUAAAGUCUAUGUACCGAAGUGAAAUAAUUAUGAAAGUUCGUGUAUCAUUGAUGAAAUUUACACAAAUAUGAUGUCAUAUUUAUAAAAAGAGAAAAUUAUCUUGAAUUUGGGCAUAAUUACAAUCUUAUUUGGUUCAGCAUGCAUAGAGUAUUAUAUUUAUAUGGAGUGAAGCAUCUUUUGUAUGAAAGCACAAUAAUCAAAUAUUUAUACAACAAUUCUCUAUGGGCCUUUGUGGGCAUUAUGGAUGACUAUUUUGAUGGAUGUUUCUCACAAGAAAUGAUCUGAGUCUCAGGUUGACCAACUUGUUUAUGAAGAGUUGAUGCGUCAGAGGUUUCCUAAACUGGGUCCGUACAUUGUUUUAUAGAUGAAUGCUUGAUUCUUGCUAUAUAGGUGAUUACUAGGUUCUUAAUAAAUUAAUUUGCUGCGGUAAAUCAUCUAUCUGCACCUUGGUUUCUUUCAAUUUUUGUAAAUAUGCUUCCAUGGGAAAGUGGUGAAUGAUAUUCUGCAAUAAGGGAACUUUAAUUUG